ACAAACCAACUCGAUGUUUCUGGGAUCAAAGCUCUUGGGCACUCCCCGAGGUGGAAACAGGAACGCCGGUACCAGAACCCAGUUGGAGUUUACCCCUAUAGACCUUACGCUUGACAACACUGACGAGUUCAGCAUCGUCGGUAACUCACCGUUCAAGCCAUUGAACAACACGCUUUUCCAUAGACCCAUGUCUGGUUCUGAGGUGGUGCACGAGCACGCAGAGCUUAUCAACAACGGAAUGACUUCUAUUCAAGAACAGCAACAACAAAUCCUGAGGCUCAACACCGAGAACUACAACUUGAAAAUCGAGAUCAAGGCAUUAAGGCACUACCUUAAUCAGAUCCCUGAAGACCAAAGAAGUGUAUUUGACCUUAACAUCAAGCUUGAACAACAGCUAGCAAAUGCUGCCAAGAAGAUUGACAGCUUGUCAGGCGAAGUACGCCAGUUGCAGGCCACCAAAUCCGAGGCCGCUCUCAACAGCAAGAAAGAAGAAGAACUUCUAGAUCAUAUGGAGACCAUGAGAUCCAAGUACGAAUCGUUGCUUGA